AUGAAUCAACUUCAAGAAUUCCUCACUGUUACAAAAGCCUUUCUUGCACUUCAAAGCCUUUAUCUGUCUGAUAUGCAAAUCAACCUCCAGUUUGAUCUUUCUGCAAUCAAUAUAACCAAGCUGCAAAGCAUUGCAGUUGAUGUAAGUGCUACUCUUUUCUUACCAGAAGAAUAUAAACACCUUGUCUGUGGUGUUGCAACAGGUGAUGGAGCAUACCUAUUCAAUGCAGCAUCACUAUUCCUAGCAGUGAAUGAAUCAUUAAGCCUGAUAUUACAUACAGCAACUGUCCAUGAGCUUUUAUCAUAUCCUGAAUUCUACUUCCAUAUCCCUGUCUUUAUGACAGACUGGCCAUGGUCAAACAUUGCUCUUGAUGCUAACAAUAGAAAUGAUCCAGACAAUAAUCAAUAUAAAAAGCUCACAUCUACAAAAAUGUAA